AUGCUGCUAUCUUCUUCCAGGAACAGUGAAAGCAGGAAGCUGUGCAAGAAGAUGAAAGUGGAACCAGCCUCAAAGAAAAAUGGCGUUGAGUUGUUGCAUUACAAGGACGGAGCUUUCCACGUUGAAUACGAAAGGCCUGAAACGUUCAAGUCAAUGGUGGCAUUUAUGAGGGAUCCAGAGGGCGCUCCAUUGUGGGAAGAGAAUCCUGACGCGAAGGAUGUGGUUCACAUUGACAGUGAGAAGGAAUUCAGAAAGCUGGUAAAGAAGGAGGAACGACCGAUUCUGAUGAUUUUCUACGCCCCGUGGUGUGGGGUGUGUAAGCGGAUGAUGCCAGCCUUUCAACAAGCUGCCACAGAGCUAAAGGGCACCCAUGUAAUGGCUGGAAUGAACGUCCAUCCUUCUGAAUUUGAUGAAAUUAAACAGGAAUUUAAUAUUAAAGGAUAUCCAACCUUCUGUUACUUUGAGAAGGGAAAAUUUCUAUUUAAUUUUGAAAACUAUGGAGCUACUGCCCAAGAUUUUGUUGAGUGGAUGAAAAAACCCCAAGAAGCACAGCCCGAACCCCCAGAGAUCCCAUGGGCAGAGCAGGAGUCUGGAGUGUCUCAUUUAACAGAUGAUACCUUUGAUGGGUUUGUGAAGGAACACCCAUCCGUACUCGUGAUGUUUUAUGCGCCAUGGUGUGGGCACUGUAAAAAGAUGAAGCCAGAGUACGAGGAAGCUGCCGAGAUGUUGAAUAAUGAAAGUGAUAGUCCAGGUGUGUUGGCAGCAGUUGAUGUCACAUCUCAGAAGCACUUAGGAGAAAGGUUUCAAAUCACUGGCUUCCCAACCCUCAAGUACUUUGAAAAUACUGAAGAGAAAUGGACACUUCCACAUCUGCGGACCAAGGAUAAGAUCAUCGAGUGGCUCCACAAUCCUCAAGCUCCUCCACCACCUGAACAGUCCUGGGAAGAGCAGCAGACCAGUGUCACCCAUCUCAGCGCUGAAGAUUUUAAGGAGUUCAUGAAGAAAAAGAAGCAUGCCUUAGUCAUGUUCUAUGCACCUUGGUGCCCUCACUGUAAGAAUACUAUCCCACAUUUCACAGCAGCCGCUGACCAUUUUAAAGAAGAACGAAAGAUUGCCUAUGCUGCAGUUGAUUGCACUAAAGGACAGAAUCAUGAGCUAUGCAAACAGGAAGGUGUGGAGGGAUACCCCAUGAUCAGCUAUUACAAUUAUGGAAAAUUUAUGGAGAGGUACAGUGGGGAAAGAGCGGAAGCUGCUUUCGUUAACUAUAUCCGAGCAAUGCGAGGGCAGGACCAUGAGAAGAUUUCAAAGCGGAAAGAGGAGUUAUAACGUUACAUACCUCGUGCUUGCCACCGCACACUGUGAAAGGGCCCUGUUUUCAUCACAACUGUACUGAAACUUCACAUUUUCGUAGACAGUUUUUCUUUGCAAACUGAAGAUUACCCAAUUAAUUGUCAUAAUGCAGUGGACCACUUGCAGUCCUUUUUUUAAAGGACUGCACUCUAUUAUGAGAAAAGUACAUUUAAAAUAUAAAUGCUGCCUUUCUCACAAUUGUGUCCAAGUACAACACUUGUAACUAGUGAUCGACUGGUACAAAUGUGUCCUGGUGCCAGUAUUGUCAGUGCCCGAUCUGAUUGCAAUAUUCCAGUUUUAAGUUACUUUCAAAAAGGAGGGAAAAAAAGGCUAGGGUUUCAAUAAAUGCAGGAUAAAGCCAUUCCUUCAAACUUUUUGGAAGAGGAAGUGUCAUUACAUGCCAACAUUUGAGGAAGGCUCGAAGCAUCUGCCUUAUUAGCUACACAAGAAUGGAUCAACCUCAUAGUGGACCUAUUCUGAGAAAGGAACGUUGGAACUAGACUGCAUUUGUCGAUUGCUAGCUUGUGUUCUAUGCAAAUGUUUUGUAGUUGCGGGUUUUCUAUUUUAAAGGCCAUAAAUGUGGUCUGAGAUGGCCUAUGAUUGCCAGGCUUUUCUCAUGGGGCUGGGUGGGGGAAUGGGUGGGUAUUAAAGUCUGGAAAGGGUAGAAAACAAUUUAAAAUUUUAAUCAAAUUGCUCAGGGAUGGCACAAGGAAGUUCCAAAAAAAAGUCAAAUACAAUUAUUUUUGAAUUCUGUGAUUACUUAGGGUGCUUCAGAAUACUGCAGCUAAUUAAGUGGGUGAAAUAAUCAGGCAGAAUGGAAAAGGUAUGGGUACAACUUUUGCCUUCACAUAUUGAUCCAGUAAUAACUGAUUAUUUUUGGAUUGCAUGUUGAAUAUGAAUAUAGAAGAUUGACCUUAUUGAAAAAAAUCUAAUAAAAUGUUCUUGUGUUUUA